AUGGAGAGGGUUCAUCACAUCAACCCGUUUGCGAGGCGCGACUCUCAUACCAAGGACACGGUCUUGACCGUCGUCACCUGGCUGCUCUCCAUUUUCGUCUCGGUUUACUACACCUUCAACAAGCCUCAUGACGGGGCCUGGCAUGGGCGGAAGAUCUGGCAUCAGAACGAUGCCCACGACACGGCUUUCCGAAUGAAUCACAUUAUUGCUAGCGUCUAUUGGAUUAUCCUCUUCUUCCUGCAAGGCGGAUAUAUUGUCCAUCUCUUCUCGCGAGAUGUGGAGCGAGUAAAUGCGGCCUGCUCCGUGGGAAGUCACUUUAUUGUGAACAACCUUUUCCACUUUGCCUUCGUCAUGCUCUUCGUCCGGUCCUACUUCGGCUGGGCGGAGCUGUUCCUCGUCCUCAACUUCGUCAACCUGUCGUCCCUCUACUUCCGCCACCCGCGAUAUGCUCGGUUCAUCCAUACGCCUGCCGUGUCUGGACCGCUGGCGUGGACUUUCGUGGCGAUCUAUUGGAAUGGAGCCCUUAUGGUGCCUCACCCGGGCUCGCUCGUUGCCCGCAUCUUUGGCAACAUCUUCAUCUGGUCCAUCCUGGUCUACGGUCUGUUUUUCAUCGUUGCGUACAAGGAUUAUACCAUGGGCUUCAACCUCAGCGUCCUGUCGGCAGCCAUCGGAGUUGGCCAGUUUCUCCGGCAAGUUAUUGCGUUCCAGUGGAUAUUCGCCUUUAUCAUCAUGGCGAUUCUGUUCGUCGCAACCGUCAUCGUUGCUGUACCGGCCGCCACGGGAAGAGACUUCGGCUACAUUAGGGCACGAGAGGGCGACGCCGAGCGGGCGCCGCUCUUGACUUAG